CAAACCAUGUCCGACUUUUAUCGUUCUAACCUUCCUCCGAUCCGCAAGGCGAAUCCAGAGAUUCCCACAAUUUACGCCGACAGCCCCUCCCCAUAGCGAUUCCCAAAACACCCCCGGUUACCACCAAAUCUAUGCUGGUAAUUUUGUAAUCUUGACUCUGCUCCGGUACUUUUCUCCCUCCGGAAAGGUCCUUCGUCCCCCCGGCUAAACCGGCGGCGCAUGUUCUUCCAACGGAGAGCGACAGACUCUCUAGAAGAUCAAAGGAAGUGAAGGUUGGGCCUCCAUUAUAUUGCACAACCCUAGCAUAGGAACUAGAUUUGCAUAUACUUGGCUUGGAUCUCCAUACACGAAUUGGGCUCCUUCUCGCUCUCGCCAGCUUCUUCCUCGAGCUAGAACCCGUUGGUUUGGAUCUAGGUGUUAGUUGGAAGAAUUGAACGAAGCGACAGAAAAAUUGAGGAGGAGGAUGGCGAACCGGAUUAAAGAAGAAGAGAAGAACGAGAAAAUCAUCAGAGGGCUGCUUAAGCAUCCUUCUAAUAAAAGAUGCAUCAAUUGCAAUAGUCUGGGACCACAAUAUGUUUGCACAAAUUUCUGGACUUUCAUUUGUACAAACUGCAGUGGGUUACAUCGAGAGUUCACUCACCGUGUAAAAUCAAUAUCCAUGGCCAAAUUUACAUCCCAGGAAGUUAAUGCACUUCAAGAAGGGGGUAAUGAGCGUGCUAGGGAAAUUUUCUUCAAGGAUUGGGACCCUCAACGACACUCUUAUCCAGACAGCAGCCAUCUUGAUAGGCUCAGAGAUUUCAUUAAGCAUGUUUACGUGGAGAGAAGAUAUGCUGGCGGAAAAAAUAUUGAUGGCCCUCCUAGGGUGAAGGUGGUUCCUGAAUAUAGUGAACAAGAGGACUAUGAUGAAAACAGAAGCUCCAAUACAGAUCGUAGCGGUUCACGAAGUCCGCCAUAUAAUGAUCCAUAUGAACGCCGAUAUGGUGAAAGGCCUGGUUCUACUGGAAGGAAUGAUGAUAGAAACUCUAACUCUAGCUAUGAGGCAAGAAGCCCUAGCUAUGAUCAAGGCGGUUAUAGGAUUCCUAGCCAUUUUGAGUUGAGAGAUGAGAUGCACCGAGAUGAUAAAGCUAGAAAUGAAGUUCAAAGUCCAAAAUCUUCUGAAAAUAGAAUUUCGGAUGGAUUACCAAAGCCUGGAGUUUCUGACCAUCAAAAAGGUGCAUAUAUUUCAAGUCCUCCAAUGGUGCGUCCUGUUAGAGAUAUAUUGGGUGAUAAUGUCCCCUCUCUUCGGGUGGGUGAGCCUCCAAAGAUGAAUGGUGGAAAAGUGCCGAACAUUCCUUUAGAAAAACAGAGCUCUACUUUAAGUUCCAAGGGGCCUAAUGAUGAGAAUUCAGUGGAGUUGAAGAGGGUAAAUCUGGGAAGUUUAAUCGACUUCUCUGCAGACCCUGAGCCUCCUGUUGCUGGUGUAGCACAGGAACCUUUUGCUCAGCAAAAGAUCUCUACACCUGCUAAUAGUGGUGGUUGGGCAUCUUUUGAUGUUUCUAGUCAGCAGAAGGCUCCAGAGGCAGCUUCAACUUCAGGGGAUUUGGAAACUGUGUUUGCACAACUGUCGAUUCAAGCACCUACAACAGUUGUUAACUCUGCUAUAUCACCUGCUGCAAGUAUCGACUCUGUUUCCAUAGCAAAUAAUGGUGGACAAUGGCCACUUGUGUUCCCAGUUGCUUCUAGUCAGCCAACCAAUCCACUAGUCCAUACACUUGUUGGUUCCUUAAACAACCCGGUACCUGCUCGGCCGGCUGCUCCAUCAAUUCCAGCAACUGUGCAGGGUGCUGUGGCUGUUCUUGACGGCCAAACUUCUAGCUCUGUCAUGCAUCUGUCAAACAGGCCUGAAAACUUUCAGAACCCUUUAGAGGCUAAGAAUAGCGGAAGGAAAGAACUACCAGCGGACCUAUUUACUGGGUUCUAUCCAACAUCACCUGUUUCAUAUCCAGGGUGGAGAGUUGGACCACGCCAUGGCAUGGUCUACAACAUGCAAUAUCCUGUCAUGCUGCAACCUGUGACGACUCACAAAUACCCAGCUUCAAUGAAUCCAUUUGAUCUUGCUAAUGAGUCAGUUCCAGUUCCCAAUCCUAUGCUUCACCCAUCAGCUUAUGUCCAAGGAGUUAUGCCAAACACGAGUAAUCCAUUAUCCUUGCCCAAUAGUUCUAAGGUAACAGGCGGUCCUUCACAAUGGGCGCCACAACAGUUCUCUUAUCCAUCAUCUGCAUUGCAAGGUCCAUACACAAUGCAGCAAGUUCCACAUGAUAUGCCUCAUCAGCUUCCUAACAGCUUUUUCUCAACAGUGAAUCAAGGUGCUGGGGUUGCAAGUGAGGCCAAUCCUUACGGCGUUAUAACCAGCAACCAGCUUCAAGCUCGAACAAACUCUCAUCUUAGUUCACUUAAUCCAUCCGCAUCAUCCGUUGGAGGAAAUCCCUUUGGAUAGAUGGAAACUGUUGUGUUUAUAUUUGGUGCUCCAAUUAUUACGACGGUCCUUACCUUCCAUCAAUGGUUUGGGGUUCGCGGUUCUAUUAGAAUGUAGAGUUGCUUGUAUGCAUUGGUUAAGAAUUUGCUGGAGAAAGAGGAUUUCUUUAUGUAUUUGUUUUAAAUGUAAAUGCCCGUGUUUUAUUUAGCACGUUCCUUUUAUCAAAUCAUUUUGUAUUAUUUGAUUGGCUUAAUCUUGUAAUAACCUCUGUGCUGAUUUGUUCGUU